GACAUAUAGAGGAGGAAGGCAACAAAAGUGGAUCAAAUUGGAAAGAGCCACUAUGACUGCAGAUAGAUUAGAUCUCAGUGAUAUGUCUAGCAAUGGUAGAGUAACAGAAGGGAAAAUCAGCCGUUCUACAUUGGAUCAUUCGAGGAUGCUUCAAGGUGCAGAAUCAGCCUCUUGGGAGAUAAUGCUGUGAAGGCCCUGAGCAGCAAGGCGGCACACAGACGAACCAAAGCCAGCAAGCUACAGCACAGGGUGGAGGCCGUGAACAGAUUCAAACGAGUGCAGAAAAAAAGACACCAUGAGGACAUCAAGGAAAGGAAGCGUGGAAAUGCCUGCUUUUGUAAGGCAACUGGUGAAGGAGACCGAGAAAAGGGUCACCUCCUUUUUUAAAGGGGGGCGAGGGGGAGGUGCAGGGGAGCUGUCUGAAGGCGAAGAGGGAGGAGAAGAAGAAGGGGUCAUCCCUAGCCCCUACUUGGACCGACCGGUUCUGGACAAGCACAUGCAAGAGGGCUGUGCCUCCUGGGGACUUACCUACGCCCUGGCCAGCAUGCAGGGUUGGAGGGCCCACAUGGAAGAUUUCCACAACUGCUUCCCACAGCUAGGAGGGGAACUGGCCCACUGGGGGUUCUUCGCUGUGUAUGAUGGGCACGCAGGGAGCGCGGUGGCCCAACACUGCUCCCAAAACCUGCUGGACCACAUUCUGGGCACAGGCAAAAUCCGAGCAAGUGAGGAUGUAGAAAGGGUCACUGAGGGCAUCAAGGAGGGCUUCUUUCUCAUGGACAAACACCUUCAUGCCAUGGCCUGCCGUGAGGGUUGGGAACGUGGAGGGACAACUGUCACUGCCACCGCUAUCACCCCACACCACAUCUACUUUGUGAACUGCGGGGACUCUCGGGCGGUCUUGUGCCGUGCGGGGCGGGUGGCCUUCUCGACGGAAGACCACAAGCCCUUCAGCCCCGGCGAGAGGGAGAGGAUAGAGAACGCUGGAGGAUCGGUGACUGUGCAGCGUGUGAACGGCUCGCUGGCAGUCUCCCGGGCGUUGGGGGACUUCAGUUACAAGACAGCUGAGUGGCGGCCGGUCACAGAACAGAUGGUAUCGCCAGAGCCGGAAGUGUCUGCUGUGGAGCGCUCGCCAGCAGAUGAGUUUCUGGUUCUGGCCUGCGAUGGUGUGUGGGACACUGUCACUAAUGAAGAGCUCUGUGCCUUCAUACACAGCCGACUUCGUGUCUGCACAGACCUGAGAGAGGUCUGCUCCCAGGUCAUUGACCUUUGCCUCUAUAAGGGGAGCCUUGAUAACAUCAGCAUCAUUCUAGUCUGUUUCCAUGGCGCCCCCCAGCUGUCACCUGAAGCACUGCACCAGGAGGCUGAGCUGGAGGACUUUCUGGAGUCCAAAGUAGCUGAGAUAUUUGAGGAGCUGAGCGCAAGAGGUGAUGAGCCUGAUCUGCUGUCAGUUCUGACAGUACUGGCUUCAACAGUGAUUCCUGGACUUCCACCAGGGGGCGGCCUUCAGAGCAAACGGAACUGUAUCAUUUCAGCAUACUAUCAGCAGACAGAGGCACGGCGAUCUAGAUUAGCCCAGGAACUCAGUCCUACAGAUGCCAAUUAGAGACCAUCUUACAUAAACGAUUAAUGGAUUUGUUUGGUUGGGGAUCAGUUUUUGAUCAGUUUUCUGUCUUUUAAACAAAAAAUUAGAAAGAUGUUUUUGGACAGCAAAAAAAAAAACAUUUUACGUCCUUCUUUUUGUAUGUUUCAUGAAUGACGAAACUUACAAAAAGCAAUGCUGUGCCACAAUGCAGGACAAUAAUGACUGUAUAUAACUUUGACUCUUUAGAUUGUGAUACGUUCAGUAUUUUCCUUACCAAAUGUAUACAAUGAGUCUUACAAUCGACAAUACUCAGGUAAUGUGUUCAAGCAGUGACAACAAACUUUUGAGAUUCUCUUCAGUCUUGGCAUAUAACAGGUCACUUUUAAAUUGAUACAAUAAAAAAGCCAGAACUUGACAGAAGUCUCUGGAUUCUGAGGAACAGUAAAUUAGCGACAAGCUAAUGCUGAUGUAUUAAAGGAAUAGUUCACCCAAAAAGUAUUUACUUGCCUUUACUGCUUAGUCUUGGUCCAAUUAUUUUGUUUAG